ACAUCUACUUCAAUCUUACCGGUGACGGCCAUAUUGCUCGCCGCUACUUGGAUUAGAAUGAAACAUAUGGAAAAAAAUUUAUUACAAGCGCUCGAAAAUGUCGGGUAUCAAGGUCCAUUGCUCCAAAUUGAUAAAAUGUCUGAAGCCUUGGAGCUUGGAGCUAAAUCUAUCGAUUAUACUAGUUUAGUUUCUUGGCUUGCUGAUCAAAUAGGAAAAUUAAUGAAUAUAGACGAAACUAUUAAUCCUACUAAUAACUCAGACGACGCAAGUUGUUUCUUGUUAGAGUUGAGUUGUUUCCUUAAAGAAAUAGGAUGCGUUAAUCAAAAUUUAACUACUGGAAACAUUAAUAAUAGAUUAGCCGACAAGGGAAGCAGGACUUUGUUAAUAGAAAUUCUAGUUUCCGAGCUUAUGGCUUGUAAAUUAUUGCAAGCCGAAGAAAAAGAAACUGAUGCGGGUAUAGAAGUUGUUAUUAAAGAAAGUGAUACCGCAAGACAUCUAAAGGAGAUGUUAAUAGCAUUGCAAUUUCCAAAAGCACCAGAUAAUAUUACUGUGCAAAUGUUAUUUACAAGAUUAGAAACUAAAUUAAAAGACGUAAUAUCAAAAGUUCCUAAUGAUCUUUUGGGUAAACCUUUAAUUUUUGGUGAAUUAUCUACCGAUCAGUGGAAAAAACUUAACGAUUAUAAUAAUGAAUUACAUAAAGAAUAUGAGAUGCGCAGAGAAAUGUUACUUAAACGAUUGGAUGUAACUAUUCAAUCAUUUCUGUGGUCAGAAAGAGUGCGAGUACAGGAGAAAGAAUUAAAUAAUAAAUAUCUUUCGGGAAGGGCAAAACUGGGUAUAAAGCCAAAUGUCGUUAUUGCUGAUCUGUUAGCAGCACGAGAUGAUUUAGCAGUGAUAGAGAAGACUAGUAACGCAGUUGUACGUAAAAAUACUCGAAGUAACAUAAAUAAGGUUAUCAUAGGAGAUGUUCCGGAUCGUGGAGGAAGACCUUAUGAACAAGAACCUCCUCCUCCAGAAAUGCCACCAUGGCAGAAAGAUAGAGUUGCAGGACCUCCAUCCAGUGGCGGAUACAAUAGAGGAGGAGGAGGCAAUGUCAGUGAACGAGGUGGUAGUGCAAGAGGAGGAGGUAGAGGAGGUGGUAGAGGAGGAGGAGGAGGCGGAGGAGGAGGUGGAGGUUAUAGUGAUAAUAGAGGAGGAGGUAGUUAUGGGAGUGGUGCUGGCUAUGGGACUGGUGGAAUGGGAAAUAGUUAUGGGAAUAGUGGUUGUGUCAAUCCUAGAAAUGAAUCAGGUUACGGUAGCAGUGGAGGUAAUUAUGGUGGAAAUAAUUAUAAUGUUAAAGGUACCAGUAAUUAUGGAAAUUAUAGUCAAGAUUAUCAACAGCGCGGUAAUUCAGGUAGAGUUCAAGGUGGAUGGAAUCAAACUGGCAGAAAUCCCAAUCAAAAUACUUAUGGUUCUAAUAAUCAUAUGUGGUGA